GAACCCUCCUUGGGAAGGUUACGUUUGUAUCCACUGCUAACAUGACAAAAGAAAACUUAUGAUCGCAGGAAAUUGUACGUUCUAUUUUAACAAACAUAUAAGGCUUUACUAACCUUUCUACAGGCCGUAUGUGUCUAGUCGAAGUUGAACGUGCUCCAAAACCAGUGGCAUCGUGUGCUUGGCCUGUACAGCCGGGAAUGAACGUCAAGACCAACUCACCGCUUGUCCAUAAAGCGAGGGAGGGUGUGAUGGAAUUCCUCCUCGCCAAUCACCCUCUCGAUUGCCCCAUCUGUGACCAGGGUGGUGAAUGUGAUCUUCAGGACCAGUCAAUGCGUUAUGGCGCCGACCGUGGGCGUUUCCAUGAGGUUGGUGGCAAGCGAGCUGUGGAAGAUAAGAACAUCGGGCCUUUAGUCAAGACGUCUAUGAAUAGGUGUAUUCAUUGUACCCGCUGCGUUCGAUUCAUGAACGACGUUGCCGGUGCUCCGGAACUUGGGACUACCGGCAGGGGGAAUGAUAUGCAGAUCGGCACAUAUCUGGAAAAGAACCUCGACUCAGAGCUUUCCGGCAAUAUCAUCGAUCUUUGCCCUGUCGGUGCUCUUACAUCGAAACCAUAUGCCUUCCGUGCUCGUCCAUGGGAAUUGAAGCACACCGAAUCUAUCGACGUCCACGAUGCUUUAGGCUCCAAUAUCCGGAUAGAUAGCAGGGGCAUGGAGGUCAUGCGGAUACUUCCGAGACUCAAUGAUGACAUCAACGAAGAAUGGAUUAACGAUAAAUCACGAUUCGCGUGUGAUGGCUUGAAAACUCAGAGGCUUACGACACCACUCAUCCGUAGGGAAGGGAAAUUCGUUCCGGCGACCUGGGAACAAGCCCUGACCGAGAUUUCCUCUGCUCGUCAGAAGCUCCAGCUCAAGGAAAAUGAGUUCAAGGCUGUUGCGGGACAUCUCGUAGACGCAGAAUCACUUGUUGCCAUGAAAGACCUGGCUAACAAACUUGGUUCUGAUAAUCUUGCCCUGGAUCAACCGGGUGGCAGUUCGCCCAUUGCCCACGGUAUUGAUAUUCGUUCGAAUUAUCUCUUUAACUCCAAAAUCUACGGCAUUGAAGAGGCUGAUGCUAUUCUUCUGGUUGCUGCAAAUCCCCGCCACGAAGCUUCUGUCCUUAACGCCCGCAUCCGCAAACAGUAUCUGCGGUCUGACCUCGAGAUUGGACUCGUCGGCGAAGAGUUCGAGAGUACCUUCGAUUUUGAGCAUCUUGGUUCUGAUGUUUCUGCUCUGAAAGCAGCUCUUUCAGGAAAGUUUGGCGAAAAGCUUGCCUCCGCCAAGCGACCCAUGGUCAUUGUUGGUAGCGCUGCAGUUGAACACCCGGAUUCCAAAGCGAUAUUUGAGACAGUCGGCAGCUUUGUGGAGAAGCAUUCAAGCACCUUCAAUACCUCCGAAUGGCAAGGGUAUAACGUUCUUCAGCGUGCUGCAUCUCGUGCUGCUGCGUACGAAGUCGGCUUCACUACACCGUCUCCAGAAGUUGCUCAGACUAAGCCUAAGAUGGUUUGGCUCUUGGGUGCCGACGAAGUCAAUCAGACAGAAAUCCCCAAUGAUGCCUUUGUCAUUUAUCAGGGACACCAUGGUGAUCGCGGUGCUCAGCUCGCUGAUGUUGUGCUUCCUGGAGCUGCUUAUACAGAGAAGUCCGGUACCUACAUUAAUACUGAGGGACGUGUACAAGUUACUCGUGCAGCCACUUCAUUGCCUGGUGCUGCACGCGAUGACUGGAAGAUCAUUCGUGCCACCAGUGAGUUCCUUGACGCGCCUCUUCCAUACGACGACAUUGAAGCUCUUCGCGACCGUAUGGAAGAGAUUAGUCCUGUGAUGCGUCGGUACGACGUUGUGGAGUCAACUUCCCUCGGCUCAUUGAGCAAGGUUCAACUAGUCGACCAGAACAAGGGCACCCAGCCAACUCUAGCUCCUUUCAAGAAGAUUAUCGAUGACUUCUAUUUUACCGACUCUAUUUCUCGGAGUUCACCAACCAUGGCCCGAUGCUCAGCAGCUAAGGCUACGGGGAAUCCGGAGACGAACUUCAUGGCUGCAGGUGAAAUGUCUCCCCAGGCCUUGUAUGGCUAAUAGACCCUUUUGACCCAAGCAUGAUCUACCUAGGUCUUUUCCCUUAUUUGUCCCUUGUCUAGGCGUUGUCGUUGUAACACCUAUACUUAUCUCGUGUUUUGUUUUUACUGUUGAACCUGCUUGUCAUGUUUUGCUACCUCUUUUCCGAGAUGCCUCCCAUUACCCUCUGGUAUAAUCUAUGAUGUCAGUAGCGGUGAAUUUGUACAUAAGAUCGGGGUAAAAUCCAGCUUUUG